CAUCCGGCACACGGAUUAUCCGACUGCUGUCGACCCGUGCCCGAAUAACCGAAGUUCCCCGACGACUGAAAACUGCACACACACAUGUGCGUACAUUACGAAAACAAAAGUCCAUAAAAUACUGCUGCUGUCAGGGAGCUGUCGCAAAAGUGCAAGUUGCAGAAAGUAUGUACUAAUUACCGUCCGUUGCAAUUGUUUCCGGUCUGUGCUAUGGGCAAUGAACAGUCGCAGUUGAAAGGAGUCGAAAUUAGCAAGAAAGCGAUCCAGGUGACCGAUUACUGGUCCCUGUACAAUGGUGAACUGCCGAACGCGAACGGUGGAGCACCGAACAGUAUCUCCAUAUUCCAAGGUGAAACGCUAGUCAGUGGACAGUUCUGGACGAACCAAAACCCACUCGAACGGGCGAUCAAGAAUCUGAAAAUCUAUCGCCAUCCGUACAUACUGAAGUACUUUGCGUCAUGGAGCAAAGGUUCGCUCAAGAUGCUUGCCACGGAACGCUGCCGUCCGCUGGCUACGUGCCUAAACAUAACGAGCGACGUGCAGAUUUGCCUCGGGCUGCGGAACAUACUGUGUGCGUUGAUAUUUCUCAUCGAGCAAGCGGCGGUACGGCAUUUAAGCAUAAGCAUUUCGUCCAUCUACGUGACGGAGGAUGGUGCGUGGCGUUUGGCCGGCUUUGAGCAUCUGUGGCGAACGAGCGAUUUCAACCAAACGCUGCUGGAAAAAUCUCAACCCUAUCGCUACACCAAAGCGAUCGAUUCGAACGAGCUCGUUGGCAAGGGCCAAGGUUUGGAACAGUAUGCCUUCGGUGUAAUGUGUGAGGAGAUACUGCACAACAAAACGGACACCAACAUUCCCGCGGUGGACGACUUCAAAGCGUACUGUGCGACACAUCUGAAGCACGGGAAUCCCGCCAUGCGACCCAAUCUGUCGGCCGUGCUGCUGCAUCCCAUCUUCAAUCAUGACUUCAUACUGAUACAUUCCUUCCUGACCGAGCUGCCGCUGAAAGGGAACCAGGCCAAGCAGGAGUUCUUCAUCAGCCUUGCCGACCGGUUACGUUCGUUCGAUCCGGAAACGGUCGCGGAACAGAUGUGCGCCCUGCUACUGUCGCGCAUCGUCCUGCUCGACACAACAGCACAGCUCUGCGUCACGCCCUACGUGUUGCGGCCGAAGAGCGACGACCUUUCGCCGGGGCUGUUUACACCCAAAAUAUUCUCGGCGUACAUUUUGCCAAAGGUGAAGCAGGUGUUUUGCGUGCAGGACGCCCAGAUCCGGCUCAUUCUGUUGGAAUACUUCCCGGCGUAUGUGGAGUUUUUUACCAAGGAGGAUCUGCAAGACCACAUACUACCUCAGCUUUUGCUCGGGAUAAAGGACACGAAUGAUGUGCUGGUAGCGAAAACGCUGCUCUGUCUUGCCGAUCUUGUGCCCAUCCUCGGAUCCGCCGUCGUUAUCGGUGGGAAUCGCAGCAAAAUAUUCGCCGACGGCAGACCGCAAGGCAUACCGGAUGCGGCGAACCCCUGGAGCGGCGUACGCUCGAUAACACCGGUCAUCGGAUCGGGCGAGUUCCUGUCCGGAAGUCCCGUGCCGGAUGCUGGCGGAGACAAUAGUACAUCGUUCUCGUCGGUGCUGAACGGUCCGGGCAACUUUACCAUCAUGCCCGAACGGUUAUCACCCGAAGGGGAAGACAUCUAUCAGACCAAUUCCGACGUCGAGCUGGAUGUGGACGAGUGGAGUGAUUGGGAGAAUGAUGGCAAUGAGCUGGCGGUAAACCAUUUACGGCUGCACGAUACAGUGGCACCGGAACCGUCGGUACCAUCGUCUGGUGCGAUCAAUGGAACGUUAGAGGAAGAGCAUCCAUCGGAGUCAAAUGCUUCCACCGCACUGCUGAGUCGAGAAAGUUCGACCGAAAACAAAAGCUCCAAACAGUCCAAGGGGUCCGGUCAGAACCCGGGGGAAAGCAUAGAACGGCUAGACAUCAAAACGCAACCAUUCCGCAAGUCCGAUUCGGCUGGAGGUGGCGAUGAGUUCGAUUUCUUCAAAGACAUGGAACCGGUCAUCCAGAAAGCAAACGUACUGCUUAUCGAUGAGGAAGCGGCACCGAUAAAGCAGGACGAUAGCAGUAGCAGCAGCAGCACGGAACAACGAGCAAACACGACGGAGGAGAUAACCCGAACCGAAUCCGUCUCGGUGACGCAGCAUGAGCUUAGCGAAAAGGAAGAAGAGCUUCCACUCGUCAAUAGUAGCCGGUUAGAAAUUAAGGUGGACGAUACGAUGGAAACCACCGAGGACGGUUGGGGCGACGAGGGAAACGACGAGUGGUAAAGUGCAAACCGUGGAACGCGCUUCUGUUUUCUUUUGAGUAAGCACCAAGCAAUAAAGAGAUUUUAAGAACAGUUACCCACCCUGUAAA